CUGUCUAUUGCAAUUUCUCAAAAGCUAUCUCAUGCUGUGAUUGUGUAUUUAGAUAAACCCUCUGGCCCUAGUGAAGAAGGAGUGAAACGAAAAUCUGUUCAAAUAAGUGACGGAAGGCAAUUAAUCAAAGAGGGUGGAGAAACCCAACCUGCUGUCAGUCGAUGGAAAAGAGGAGUAAAACGUGGAAGUUCUGCCAAUGUUGAUUUUGGCGAAACACAAUCUACGAAGUGGCAAGGGAAAAGGAGGCGUGUUAGUAGCCGCAGAAGUUAUGCCGAUUAUGAUUAUGAUGACCACGCAGUUCAUGCAUGUGAUGAAUGCGACAAGUCCUAUCCCACAUAUCACGGACUUCUUAUACACAAAGGCCGAAAUCAUAAGCAAGUGAUUCCAGAGUCAGAAAAACUUCCCGAAAAACCCGAGUCAACUCGUGAAAGCGACGGUGAACUCCAGGCUGAAGAUUCUGAUCUCUUUGUCUGCGAGGAUUGCAAGAAAACAUUCGAUACCUACCAUGGAUUUCUAAUUCAUGCUGGUAGAUAUCACAAAAGCGUUGUUGACGUAUUCUUUCCAAAUGUAGCUGAAAGUGGUGAUGCAGAAAAAAGGACUAGUGAUCCAAAAGUUCGAAUUGAAAAUGGCUCUGAAGCGGUUGAGAUCGACAUUAGUACCUUCUCAUGUGAUGGUUGUGACAAGUCUUUUCACAGUGAGCAUGGCCUCUUGAUCCACACUGGGCGGGCACAUCGCUGGCGCACUCCUAUCCGAAAAAAGCGCAGGAAGUCUACUAAAAAGAUUGCUCAUGCGGUUGGUCCCUCGGAUGUUGUCGACCUUGAUGAUGAACCUUCUAAUGAAAAUGGUGAAAUUGCGAUCGUUACAAGUGCUGCUGCCUCUAUGGAAGGGAAUGAAACAUCCGAAGUAAACGAACGAACUCCAACUGAUGCUGAUCCAGUGCAAAACAAUGAUAUGGCUGAAGCUAAUGAGUGA